AUGAAACUUCUUUCUUCUCCUUCUCCAGCUCUUUCACAUACUUCAAUUUGCUUUGUUCAUGCAAGAUCCAAAGAGCUCACACACAAGCAUAUUACUUGUGGGGAACUCAUGCAUGACGUGCAAUAUAUAUUGUGCUCUAGGAAACCUUGGUAUCAAAAAGCAAUAGAGAUGGCUACUCAAUGGAAGACAAUUUCCAAGUCUACAGAAAUAUCGACGACGACGACGAAUCCUAGACUGUGGAAGGCCGUUUCCAAGUCUAAAGGAAUUCCUAACAAAAAUGGAACAUUGUGGAAAACUCUUUCAAGAUCCACAGAAAUUCCAACUGCAAACCCUAAUAGAGCAAAGCUAAGGAAAUGCAGCUCUGUUAGGGUUGCGACGACAUUUACUCGUGUUUGUCUUUGUGCACCUAUCUCUUCCUACAAUGAGGUUUUUCGAGCUGAAGUUCCGCCUAGAAGAAGCAAUAGCUAUCCUAGAUCAAAACCAUUUCCUGCGACGCAAGAAAGAAUACCUAGUGCAAGACCUAGCAUGGAAGGAAGAAGAGUAAUUUUUCGGGGAAAAUCAUUGACCGAUGAUGUUUUGAUGAGGAGAUUUGUUUUGGAAGAGGAAGCAAUGAUGCAAAUUAAAAGGAGGAAUCAAAUGGAAGUUAUAAGGAGCAGGACUAUGACGAGAAGGAAACAGCUUGGACCAAGCCCUCUUAGUAGAAUGGUAAUGGCUGAGGUCGAAGAAUGUUGA